AUGGUGGAAAUAGAUCUAGCAACACCACAUGAUCCAAAGAAUCUGUUGGAUGGAGGCGGAGAUGGAUCUCCACUCGGGGCUCCAAAAAAGUCUAAAGGCGGACACAAGAGGACCACAAGUUGCAACGAGGAGUACGCGAUAGCUACGUUCAAAAUCGGGUUACCUGUUCAGGGAGAGCUGCAUAAAUCCUUGAACAUGAGUCCAGUAGGAACGCUGGCAAAGUUAAUGGAACGAAUAGAGCAGCACGCCAGGAACGAGGAUGACAUACUCUGGGAGGACGACAAGAUGGUUGCCGAGCAGAAUGAGGUGAGAUUACUCCAAAGGCGAUUAAGGCACGACCAACAUGUAAUGCAGUUGGGGAAGAAAAGAGGACGUGACAAAAAGCUCUGCAACGAAGGAAGCUGCACGGAGGUGCUGUACUACGAUGCUUUCAAGAAGUUAGGACUGACGCAGUCAGACUUAGAGCAGUCAAUGACUCCCUUGGUCGGGUUCGGUGUAGGAGCAGUCUGGCCACUGGGCAAAGUAACGCUGCCUGUUCGGGUAGGGACAGUGGUACUACGAACCGAUUUCCUAGUGGUGGAUGUACCAUCUUCCUAUAACGCGAUUAUAGGAAGAGCGUGGUUGCAUAAGAUGAGAGCAAUUUCCUCCACUUACCAUCAGAUGGUAAGGUUUCCUGGAUCUAAUGGCAUUGAGAGGAUUAGGGGAAACCAAAGGGUCGCCCACCAGUGCUUGAUUUCCAUAAUCAAAAAAGCACCAAAAGCCAAGAUGGUCCAAGCCGUCGAGGUUCCAAAACAGCCGACCAUCGAGGACGUCAGAGGAAACCCAGCCGAGAAAGUUGUGGAUGAGGGGUUAAAGAAAAUUCAGAUCAAUAAGAUUGAUCCAAAAAGAUAUUUCCUAAUUGGGGAAAAUCUGAGCAAAAAAGAGGAGGAAGAGUUGAUAGGGUUCCUCAAGGAGCAUGUUGAUAUGUUUGCUUGGGUACCCGAAGAAAUGCCUGGGGUGGAUGCGAACCACAUAGAUGCUAUCAUCAAGGAGGUUGACCGUUUGCUAGAAGCAAAAGCUAUACGAGAAGUCUACUACCCUGAAUGGUUAUCUAACACUGUGGUGGUAAAAAAGAAAAAUGGAAAGUGGCGAGUCUGUGUAGACUUUAUGAAUUUAAAUAAGGCGUGCCCAAAGGACAGUUUCCCCCUCCCCAGGAUAGAUCAAUUAGUGGAUGCAACAGCUGGGUAUGGGCGGAUGAGCUUCCUUGACGCUUAUCGGGGAUAUCACCAGAUCGCCAAGUACGAGCCCGAUCAAGAGAAGACUUCCUUUAUCACGCCAAGGGGGCUGUACUGUUAUAGUGUCAUGCCUUUUGGUUUAAGGAAUGCCGGAGCAACAUAUCAGAGGUUGGCAACGAUUAUGCUAAAGAAGUUGCUCGGCAAGACUAUGGAGGUGUACAUAGACGACAUGGUGGUCAAGAGCAAGGAAAACUCAGGGAAAUUCUUGGGUCAUCUUGUGACCAUUAGAAGGAUAGAGGCAAAUCUUGAUCAAAUAGCAGCUUUGCAAAUGCUCCAAAGUCCAAAGACCACGAAAGAGGUCCAAAGAUUGACUGGAAUGGCUGCGGCCCUUAACAGAUUUAUCAGUCGAUCCAGUGACAAGUGCAGGCCCUUCUUUCAAUUGCUAAAAAAGAGUGAAGGAUAUGAAUGGGGGGCAGAAUGCGAACGGGCAUUCCAAGACCUAAACAAGUACUUGGCAGAAGCCCCACUCCUGUCCACUCUUGAUUUGGGUGAGUCUUUGAUUUUGUAUUUAGCAGUUUCUGAGCAUGCUGUAAGUGCAGUAUUAUUAAGGAAUAAAGGGUCCGAGCAAAUCCCCGUAUAUUAUGUGAGCAAAACAUUACUAGAUGCAGAAACGAAAUAUCUGUCCCUUGAAAAAUUAGUCCUGGCACUGAGGACUACAGCAAGAAAACUGCCCCACUACUUCCAAAGUCAUAAAAUUGUGGUUUACACAGAGUUUCCAUUGAAAUCUUUGCUACGAAAGGCAGACUUCUCGGGGUGUAUUUCAACUUGGUCGGUAGAAUUAAGUCAGUACGACAUUGAUUAUCAGCCGCGCACUACAAUAAAGGGGCAGAUACUGGCAGAUUUUGUAGCAGAAUUUUCUCCUGCUGUGGUUCCACUGCCUCCUACGAGAAAGGAGCAGCCAGUCGGACCAUCCACCAGGAAAGGUAAGGCAUAUGCUGAACAAAAUCCCAUAGAAUGGAAACUAUUUGUUGAUGGUUCCGCAAGUAAUUCCGGAUCAGGGGUUGGGGUUGUGCUAUUUCCUCCUAAUGGAGUAAUGUUAGAAUUAUCCAUUCGACUGGGUUUCAGCGCAUUGAACAAUGUGGCAGAGUACGAGGCACUCCUGGCUCGCUUGAGAAGUGCAAAAACCUUGAAGGUAAAAAGAAUACGAGUGUACUGUGACUCACAGCUUGUGGUGAACCAGUUGUCUGGAGAUUAUGAGGCCCGAAAUGAGAAAAUGGCGGCCUACGUGGAAGCCACCAAGGAUCUACUUGACACUUUUGAGAAAGUGUACAUUGAACAAAUAAGUUCUGGGCAGAAUGCCCACGCUGAUUCAUUGGCUUGGUUGGCCGCAGCUGUGCCAACCGAGUUCAAGAGAAAAGUGGCAGUGGAUUAUCUUGCUGAGCCAAGCAUUGGAAGAAGAGUGGAAUUGGUCUUGGACGUGAACCAAGGACCAAGUUGGAUGGAUCCAGUUGUGGAGUUCUUAUGA